GUCGGGGCAGCGCCGGGCGGCGGCGGGGCUGAGCCUGCAGCCCGCGCCCGUCCCCUGCGGCCGAGCCCCGCGGGCACCCCGGCGGCCCGCUCCCCGUGCACGCCUGCGGAGCUGCUGCCCCUGCUAUGAUGCCCGGGCAGAUUCCCGACCCGUCCCUGACGGCCGGUGCACUGCCAGGGCUGGGCCCCUUGACAGGACUGCCUGGCACCACCCUGACAGCCGAGGAGCUGAAAUACGCCGACAUCCGCAACAUUGGGGCCAUGAUCUCACCACUCCACUUCCUGGAGGUGAAGCUCGGGAAGAGACCCCAGCCUGUGAAAAGCGAGCUUGAUGAGGAAGAGGAAAGGAGGAAAAGGCGCCGAGAGAAAAACAAAGUGGCAGCAGCGCGAUGUCGUAACAAGAAGAAGGAGAGGACGGAGUUCCUGCAGCGGGAGUCUGAGCGCCUGGAGCUCAUGAACGCUGAACUGAAGGCCCAGAUAGAAGAGCUGAAACAAGAGAGGCAGCAGCUGAUCCUGAUGCUGAACCGGCACCGUCCCACCUGCAUCGUACGGACAGACAGCGUCAAGACGCCUGAGAGUGAAGCCAACCCGCUGCUGGAGCAGCUGGAGAAGAAGUGAAGGUGUGGCACUGGAGGAGGAGACCAGUGCGGGGUCUUCCAGGGACUCUAAUGUAUGUACCGUAUGAAGAACUGCGCACCGAGGCCUGGUGCAUCCAGGACCCAGUGGGCUUCCUUGGGAACUAUGGACCAAAAACAUUUGGGGACAGAGAAUAUUGGGAAUCUGUCAACCGUCUUACUCCAUGGCUGAGCCCAGGAGCAGGGCUGGUGGCGUGGGUGAGGGCGACCUCCGUGUGAUACCUCAUCACGGCCCUUCAGCCUGUUUGAGGCCCUGGGGACCCACGGCGCACAGAGGAGGAGGAGGUGGGAGCAGACCUCCCACUCGUCCCUCUUCCCCACAGCCCUCAGCGUGCCCGUGGGGCGCAGGGACCGUGUCCUGCCGGAGCCAUCCCCACAUGCUGCCGCCGCUCCCGGCGCACACCCGGCACGGAGCCCAGCCGCAGAACCACAGACACUUGACGCGCCCCGUGCGGUGACAGGCCCGUCGGGGCCCGGUGGCGCAGGCGCCCCACACAAGCACACUCUCAGUAUAAUGUUUACAGCCCAGCUGUCCGUGUCGGCCGUGCUUUUGAAUGCACAUUUUUACACUUUUUUUUUUUUAAAAGAUAUUUUUUACAAAGUUUUUAUACAGCAAUCUCUAUAUGGAUUUAUAUAAUCACUAGACGUGAUCCCAUAGAAAUGUAUGUUACGAUGGUCUGUUUGUUACAAACGCAUAUGCCGCAGUUAUCUCCAUUGUGCUACCUGUCUGGCAGCGGGCUCCUUCUUCCCAGCCCAGCAGCCCUCUGCAGUGCUGCCACUGCCACCUCCAUCCAUGUAUGUCCUUCAUAAUACUCAGUUCUGUAUCUGCCAGUAAAUGUUACCUUUAUGUA